GGCAAGGUGAAAUAGCUGUGGCUUGUUCUGUCUCUCUGAUCUUCCAGUGUUCACCCCAAUACCUGGCUCAGGUUUGGUUUUAUUAAUAAGAACUUUUAAGAUUCCUUCUACAGAGUCUUGCCAUUUAGUGCUAUCUUUGGACAUCCUGUCUUUAUCCUUGUUUCAGCUGACACUCUCCUGAUGUCUCUCAAAUCUGUCAUCUCUCUACUGCUGCCAUCUUAGUCCCUAUUGUCCUCAGAUGGGUUCCUGCAGGGAUCCCAACUGGCCUAUUCAUGUCUGUCCUGGCCACUUUCCAUUCCGUUCUCGCCUCAGUUUUAGUGAUUGUUUCAGAAUGCACAUGUGCCGUUUCUUAAACCUCUACUAUAGAUAUACUCAUUUCUCUUAUUACACAGACAAAAGCACCAAGGGAUUACUCCUUCUUCUUCAACUUCAUUCAUUCUUUAGUCUUUGAUCUUCCUGCUCUCCUUCCUGACAGUUUUCAAAUGGUCUGUUAUCUGAACACCCCCUCCUCCUGUUCGAGAACUCUGACUCUCACUUCACUCACGUCUGUCAGUAUCAGUGUUUUCCUGCUGAGACUCUUCCCUGUGUUGUAGCCACAUAUAAAGGACUCUGUCCCAUCAUAACGCAUGGAAUCAUUUGCCUCCAGUGUGUUAACAACCUCUUACAUUCCGAAAGUUCCACACAAGGUGCGUAAAAGCCAACUUUUGCCUGCUUUCAUGUCCUCAGUUUAGAACAGCACGUGGUGUGGGCCGGAGACAUAUUUAGUGGAUAAAAUACAUGUCUGCUAGCCCGACAACCUGAAUUUGAUCCCUGGGAUCCACAAGGUGGAAGGAGAAAACCAACUCCCAGAAGCUGUCCUCUGACCUUCACACACAUGCCGUGGUACAUGUAUACACACAUAUACAAGUAAGUGUCUAAAUAAGUGUAAUGUGAGAAGAGACCUAUUCUAAAGAGAGGGAAGCCAGGGAAUGGAAAAAAAAAAAAUACCAUCGGUUUCAAAGAGGAAGUCUGUGGCUUGGAGCUCAAACCUAUCUUUGCGACACAGCUGAUGGGGACAGUGGGUACUCUCUGUGUCACCACUUCUGAAAAGGAAGACAAGAGAAACAAAAGUUCAGUCCUCAGCAGCCGCAUCUUAUGACUGGAGCUUUCCCAGAAAGGAGAAGACAGCAUGGGAUCUUCUUCCUCUGCACCUAAACCCAAAACCAGCACGGUUACCACAGCAGCCCCAGUGACCAGCUCUGCACCUGCAUCCUGUUUCUUCGACCCCACAAAGGAGCAUUUAAUCUUGGCCUUUUUUGCCGGGGUUCUGCUGACAGUGCUUCUCGUGGCCCUUAUCUUCGUCGUCGUCAAGAGCUGCAGAAAAAGUUACUCCAGGGCCCAGGCCCAGGACCCCCUCUCAGAGCCUCCCAUUAAGAAGCUUUCAUCUGUAUCAAAGGAGUCACUCACCUAUGCCAGCAUGACUUUCAAGCCCUCAGAAGAAAACAGCAAUGACUUGACUGGAAACCACUCUGCAGGCUUGGACCCCACUGUCUAUGCUCAGAUUAAAGUGGCAGGCCCACACCUGCCUCUGCAAUGAGGCAGACUGCAGGUCCUCAGCUCGGCUCCAGCUACAUGUUGCUUUCUGCCUUUGUCUUGUAUGUGUGUUUUUGUUGUUUCCUACCAGCUUAGGAGCACAGCCUAUGCACAACUGCAGUCAGAGCUGUUGAGGCUUGAUCUGGAGCGCUGUCAUCAGUCUUCAAAAUCAGUGGUGCCGGGUGGUGCCGCACGCCUUUGAUCCCAGCACUCGGGGAGAUCUCUGUGAGUUCGAGGCCAGCCUGGGCUACAGAGCUAGAUCCAGGACAGGCACCAAAACUAGACAGAGAAACCCUGUCUCAAAAAACAAAAACAAAAACAAAAAACCAAAACCAAACAAACAAACAAAUCAGUGGUUAGUUGCUUUCCCCACCAGAGAGGAGGCCUUUAUUCUGACUGGCAGCGGCAGCUCCUUAGGCGACUCCCCCGAACUUCCCAAAGGGGGACAGAGUUCAAGAUAAAAGAGACCCACUGAUAACCAUGGCGGAGCCAACCCUAACGGACAGUCUAAGAUUUUCAUGAGGGCAGACCCUCCUCCGGUGUUGGUGCCUUCCUCAUGGGUUCUCACUCUGUCCCAGCAUCUUCUCCAGGAGUCAAGAUCAGCGUCCUAAGCCAACACAGAGUCCAUAUCGUAUAAAACACUAGUCAAAUGUGGGCUUCUGUCUCCUCUGUGUGGCAUUAGAGAUGUGUGUGACAACCUUGGUUGAGAGCCAAAGGUAAAGAUUAAACAUGUUAAUUUACCUCCAAAACAAAGGGACAGUUAUAGAGACUGCCCCACUAAAAAUAUCAGGAAGAUUCUUUUUAAUUAGGCAAGCAUACUCUAAAAUGUAAGUACUAAACAAGAAAAAAUUAGAAAAUAAAUAUGAGGGACGGUGAGGUAGUUAAGGACAUUUGCCGUCAAACCUGACAACUUGAAUUCAAUCCCUGGGAUUUACAUGGUGGACAGUGAGGACUGGGUCCUAGUUGUUAUCUAACCUUCACAUUUACUCUCUCUGUGUGUACGGACCUGCACACAAAUGCACAUGCACAAAAUAAACAUGAACUUGGCUGCUGUGACAGCAUUCUUUAGACCUGUGCGAGCCCAAGCAUGGAGAGGUGAGUUGGGCACACAAUCCUACCCCUGGCUGAAGAACUAUUGGCAAUUAUCAGCUGCUGGGAAACAAAUAGUUUUCUUUAAGAGUAUAUAGUCCCUGGUAAGUUGGCCAUGUAGAAACUCAAUACAUGGCCACUGGGCAAGACUGGGACUGGCCAGAAGCAGAAGGAGAGCAUUUUUUUGGUGUUCAAGACUCAAAAGGAGAAAGGCUACAAGGAAGUAUGCAGGCAUGAUAUUCAUAACCUUACCCUUUCCCUCAGGCUUUGAGGGUCUGGGAGUUCCCUCCCUAUAGAAAAGAGUCAGGACAGAGCCUGAACUAUGCUCAUCAAACGCUUUGCAGGAGCCACAAUAUAAUCUGACAAGAUACAUACAGAAUCUGGUCAACACCCAAUCUCCAUUCCAACCCUGUUCAAACUGGAGGACCACUUGAGGAUUCUGAGACUGAGGCUGGGCCUACACCCCAUCAAAAGGGACCAUGGCAUAUUAAACUGUGAGCUUCUGAAGCUGGGGGAAUGCCUCAAUCAGUAAAGGGCUUGCCUUGCAGGAACAAGAACCUGACUUUGAUCCCGUGAACUCAUAUAAAAAUGUGGGGCAUGGUAAUGAUAGGGCACGCUUAUCAUCCUAGCCCUGGAGAGGUAAAGACUGGAACUGGAGUAUCCCUGGGUCUCACUGUUCAGCUAGCCUAGCUUCAUCAGCAAGCUCCAGGCCAAGAGGCCCUGCUUCAUACAAGGUGGGCAGCUCUGGAGGAAUGACAUCUGAGGUUAUCCUCCAGCCUCCACAUGUACAAGCAUAUGCAUGAAACACCUGAGUGUACACUUCCCCCACAGAAUACCAGGGUUCAUAGGAGGGCAGCAGAGGCCAUGAUGAACAGCAGGAAGGACGCCAUAUGGGGAGAGGGUUGUGGGGUGCAGCAGAACACACGGGGUAGUAGUGAUGCUUCACCAACAAUGAUGUAACUAUUUGCUCCCAUGGAUGAUGGCGCCUCAUCCUUGCCUCGUGUUUCCUGAUAUGAAAGCAUUUGUCACCACUCAUCCCUUGGUUGCUCAUUGGUCAGAAGCAGCACCCACUUACUCUGGUCAUAGGUUCCCAUUGAGAAUGUGUUCUGGGGGCGGGGCACAGUCUUUUCACCAAGAGACUAUGAGAACCACAGACUCAGUCUGUCUCCUAGUUUUGGAUAAAACGGUAUUAAAUGCCACUUCAGAAAUGUAUUGGAAUGUUAUCCUUUUUAGGAACAGUUCACGAAAUACUUUGCCAGUGAUAGCCUAGGAGAAGUCAGUCAUACUCUUUCAACACUAUUUAUUGGCUGAUAAUAAAAUACAAGUCAUUUCCCCUUGUCCCAGAUUCUGUACCUCUUCUUCA